AUGGUGUUUCAUCAUGUGCAGGUGCAGCCGACGCUGGACGACAAGGCCUCUUUCGCGGUCGUGCUCGUCAACCUCCUGCUCAUAGACACGGCCCGCGGCAUUUUCUUCCCGACUCUGUGGACCCACGUCAGCCAGCUCGGGGGAGACAAGAUCACCCUGGGGUACUGCGUCGGAGCGUUCAGUCUCGGGAGGUAA